CUUAAAGGUAGGUUAAGAAUAAAGUGUAGUGUGUAGAAUUUUGUCUUGGUGAUUUAUUAAUAGUGAUGCAGUUUGUGCAAUGCAAAAAGUCAAUAAAAUAAUUGCUUUAAAUGAGUAAUCUAGUGAUAGCAGAAUAAGAUCAAGAAUAAUAUAGCGACAACAAUCCAACAUCGUAUAAAAUCUAAGUUGGUGGGUUACAAAAACUGGAAAAUCAAAAGACAAUGAACUAGGCAUCUGGUAGCGCUGAUGAUGCAUUUAUCAUAAAAAAUAAAUAAAUCCAUUCGAUAUAUAACUCGGACAGCUACUGUUUCGGCAACACUCCUGUUACUAUGUUCUGUGGUCUAUCAGUGACACAACAUUUAAGAGUAUCUGCGAUUUUAUUUACAAACGGAAAUGGUAAAAAGAGAAGAGUCUAGCGGGAAUCUCCUUGAAGAGGGAGGCGGAUACAAGAUCAAAACGUACCCAAAAAGAUGGUUCAUCCUGUUCUUAUACAUUUGCUACAACGCUAUUGGCUCCUUCCAGUGGAUCUCCUAUUCCAGCAUCACCAAUUUGGUGGUGGAGUAUUAUGGAGUUAGUAGUAUGGUGGUCGAUUGGACUUCAAUCACGUACAAUGCAGUUUAUCCUUUGUUUGUGGUGCCUGCUUCGUAUAUUAUCGAUAAAGAGGGGUUGAGAACAGCCGGUGUUUAUGGAUGCAUUCUCACCUUCAUUGGUACAACUUUAAAAUUAUUUUCUCUACAUACUGACAGAUUUUACAUCGUCGGUAUUGGUCAGAUCGUUUUGGCCAUCGCCAAUGUUCUUGUGGCUUGUCUUCCUUCAAAGUUAGCAGCUGUUUGGUUCAGCUCUAACGAAAUAACAAUAGCAUGCUCUCUUGGAGUUUUUGGAUCCCAAAUAGGUGUGGCUCUUGGAUACAUAGUGCCACCUAUUAUAGUAAAUAACCAUGACAGUCCAGAAACAAUUGGGGCAGGUCUUCACAACUUGUGCUGGACGCUCAGCAUGAUAAUUUUACCAGUGACAUUAGUAGUCAUAUUUUAUUUUCCUAGUCAACCUAAACUACCUCCAAGCAUUACUCAGGCUAAAAUCCGGGAUUCAAAAGAAAGUUUUACCAACGAGGCGUUCUUUUCUUCUUUAAGAGAAUUGUGUACAAACAAACCUUUCCUAAUUCUGAUGGUUGCUUAUGGAAUCAACAUUGGAGUGUAUUCGGCAGUGUCAACACUUCUUAAUCAGAUGAUCCUACAAUACUACGAGGACGCAGAUGCAGAUGUAGGACUAAUGGGUUUCAUAAUGGUACUUACUGGUCUCGGAGGAGCUAUUCUCUUCAGCAUUAUAUUAGACAAAACUCAUAAAUUUAGAAUAAUAACAAUGGUGAUCUACCUGUGUUCAAUAGCUAGCAUGAUAUCGUUUAUGUAUGCCUUAGAAUCCAGAAUCAAAAUACUAACUUAUGUGACCUGCGCUUUAGUUGGACUAUUCACAACAGCUUUCAUGCCAGUAGGAUUUGAAUACGCGAUGGAACUAACGUAUCCAGCCGAAGAAAGUACUACCUCCGGCCUUCUUAUGGCGAUGACUCAAAUACUGGGUGUGAUAUUCACCAUUUCUCUUGGUUUCCUCAAUAUGAAACUAGGUUGUUUCUGGGCGCUAUCUAGUCAAGCUGUUUUAUUGACUAUAGGCGCUAUCAUCAAUUUCUUUGUGCCUAGUAAUCUUCUUUUGAGACAAGAGGCAUUGAAAAUGUUGAACAGCGAUAUGAGGAAUUUAGACCAUCAUAGGUCGUCCAGAUUAGUUUAUAUACAGUGAUUUGUUUAAAAAUGUUAUUUUUUUAAAACUCAA